AUGAUGAACCGCACGCUCCUUCUCGGUCUGGCUGCUGCCGGCCUGGUCUCAGCCAAGGCCACCGUCACCUCCAUGUUCAUCUUCGACACCGAUCCACAGCCAUUGGCCGCGUCGAUCAUAGGCAAUGAUGCGACCGCGACAACCUACAGUAUCAACUGUCCGCCCGGCACCGACUCCAGUGAUUGUGGCAUGGGUCCCGGUCUCACUCUGAUCGCGGGUCCCAAGACUACCAUGAUCAUGGAUUCCCCAGACGAUGAUUUCUACUACACGUGUGUCUGCUCCGUCGACGGAACAACGCAUGCUGUCUGUACCGAGACAGCCUCAGGGUCCGGCGCCAACUUCCCGGGAACCAGCAGCACCACCCUGGAUGGUGAUCUGGAUUUGAUGCCCGUGACCAUCACCGCGGGAUCAGUCACGAGCGUAGCUGCCUCCGCCGCCCAUGCUACAACCGGGGCUCAGACGGCCAGUAGCACUGGUUCCGCUGCUACUACUACUGGGAAAAAGUCGGAGACAUCUGCCGCAUCUACCGGUGUUGCCACGGCUAGCUCUACUGACCCUUCAAAGACUACUACUGCCUCAAAUGUUAAUGCUUCUGCUACAGGCACUGGCAAAGCCUCCCUGGCCAAGAGUGAUGUCGCCCUCGUCUUUGGUGGAGCUGCUGCUGCCCUCAUUGCUGCCAUUCUUUAA